GGGAGCAGCAGCCCGGUCUCCCCUCUCACAAACGUAUUUUCCGUCACGCCAUUUUCCAUCGACGACCGAGAGAACAAACCAGCCGGAGGAGCGCUGAUCGGAGCUGUGGUUUGCAACGAUAAAGAUCCAGUCAUGCAUCGUGACUGUCCUCUUGACUGUAAGGUCUAUGUUGGAAAUCUGGGCAACAAUGGAAACAAGACAGAGCUAGAGAGGUCAUUUGGCUACUAUGGUCCUCUCCGUAGCGUGUGGGUGGCCAGGAACCCUCCAGGUUUUGCCUUUGUAGAAUUUGAAGAUCCCAGAGAUGCAACUGAUGCUGUGCGUGAGCUUGAUGGAAGGACGUUGUGUGGUUGCCGGGUGCGUGUAGAGCUGUCCAAUGGUGAGAAGCGCAGUCGCACCCGCGGUGCUCCCCCUCCAUGGAGCAGGCGUCCUCGAGACCGUGAUGACUACAGGCGUCGUAGCCCACCACCCAGACGAAGAUCUCCACGCAGGAGGAGCUUCAGCCGCAGUCGAAGCAGGUCUUUCUCAAGAGACAGGAGGAGGGAGAGGUCCCUCUCCCGGGACAGGAACCACAAACCUUCAAGGUCCUUCUCACGAUCAAGGAGCCGCUCCAGGUCAAACGACAGAAAGUAGAGGAGCGUCUGUCGUGUGCAAAGGGAGCUGCAGAUGAACGGUUGUACAGGCUUGGCCGUUUCAAAUGACGGAGUUCAACAUGGCCGUGCGGCCAUUUUUGUGUUGAGUUUUUUAAACAAUCAGAGCAUUUUAGUGUCCUUCCCCUUGACUUGUUAUGGUAAUUUUCACAUACAUUGAGUGGGUGUGUACAGGUGUGACGCCUCGCCUAAGUCCAUCUCGUCGGUCCUGAAACAGUCGUGCCACCCUGCAUUCCAGUUCACCAGUUAUUUUUGAGUUUUGGUUUUUGUCGAUGAAUGUACUGUGUAGUUUGACGUAGUGUGAGUAGUUUCUUCUUUUUCAACGCCAGCAUUUUUCUUUUUUUAAAGUAAGGAUUGGGGUGAUAUGUGAGAGUCCCUCCUUUUGAUUGUCUGUAAAGCCAACCGUUUUUCAAUGUGCUACUUUCUUACUUCACACUGAAGGUUUCCAUCUGUUCAUGGUUGGUUGUUUGUAAUAAACACACCCCCUCAUUUAAAGAUGCAAAACUAUGGCAUUGAUGUAGAAAAAAUGUGUAUGAACACGACCGAUUUUUGUCUAUGAAGUUUUCCAUUAUUUUUCUUUCGUUUGAUACAAUGUGAAAUGGUCUUUCAAUUAAAGAUACUGGUUGAUUACAAAAACCUG